AUGUGCAUUCUUCUUGCUGGAGAUAUCGCUACAAAUCCAGGUCCGAAUACACCGAACAAACAGCCGACUGGCAAUUGUUCAAAUAAGCAGUUUGAUCCAUCCAUUCUCCUUGCCAAUAUGAUGUCUCUUGCACCAAAGAUCGACGAGUUGAGAUGUUUUGUUAACAAUACAAAGCCGGAUUUAAUUUCAUUAACUAAGACUUGGAUCAAUGACUCUCUUAGCGAGCAUCACCUUAAAAUUCCUGGCUUCAACUUACUGCUAAAGAAUCGUACGUCUGGUCCUUACGGGGGUGUCGGGCUUUAUAUAAAAAACUCCAUCAUGUUCAAAGCCCUCACUGACUUAUUCCAUCAAGAAUUCGAG